GUACAGCACUCUGACUGCAGCACUCCGACUACAACCUUUGACUUUGAACUGUACAUAACUCCGAUUGUACACUUUACUGCCGUGCCUGACCCUAACAGCGUGUCUUUACCUGGACGGCAAACUACUGGCUGAGCAUGUUUGGAAGCAAAGUGCAGCCUCGAGCUUCCAAGUAAGUACUUAUAAUUGUGAGAUUCUUGUCUCCUCGGCUCACCUGCUGGUCCCACCAAUGCCAUGUACCAGCAGGCCGUCUUAACUACGGCACGAAUACAUACAUAGGCUCCAACCUAGGCAAAGUAGGUUCUUCACUGCCUAAUUGAAACCACGGCAAGCGACAAGGAGGCCUGGAAGGUUGGUCAGUUGCGCCUAAUAUGGAGCUAGAUCAGCUACAGCAACAACUGCAUUACACAUUUGUAAAUGGUGCCAUCAUUCUAGGUACUGGGCUUGUGCUUUGCGCAUCUUAUGUUAUAGCCUAUCGGUUGUUUUUGCAUCCUUACAGUAAAUACCCAGGCCCAAUCAUCUCGAAGAUAAGCGGUCUUCCAGUUUUAUACCACGCCUACAAGGGCGACUUUCAUCAUUAUGUCUACAGGAUGCACAACAAAUACGGGGAAAAGGUUCGGUACUCGCCCAACAAGCUAUCCAUCAACAGGGUCGAGGCUCUCAGCGAUGUAUAUGGCUUCAACAAGAACGUAUCCAAACCGGAAGAGUUUUAUUCCGCUUUCAGGGUGAAUGCGCACGCGAGAAACGUUUUCAACACAGCGGACAAGGAAGAACACCGAAGGAAGCGUCGCAUCAUGAACAAAGCAUUCUCUGCUAAAGCCCUGCCAAACUAUGCGCCUUUUAUUUCGUCCAAGGUGGAUGAGUUGACCAUCAAACUCAAUGGCGGCGUGGCGCCUGCCGAAGGCGCGCAAUGGAGAACAUUUAACAUGGCUGACGAGGUCAACUACCUCAUGCUAGAUAUCAUGGGCGGUCUUUGCUUUGGCGAAGCAUUCGGAUUUGUAGCCGGAAAGGGCACAGAGAUGAUGGCAAACGUGCAUGCGCGGGCCAUUCGAAUAUAUGCGACUGGGCAAGAACCUCUUUUGAAGCGCUUGUCGCUGGACAAGCUUCUCUUCCCACAGUUGUCCAAGGCGGCCACUGCUCUGGGUCAGUAUACUCGGUAUUACACCGAAAAGCGCAUCAAGCAGCGGGACGACCUCGAAGCUGAUCAAGAGGCGGUCAAGGAACGCGGUUACGAAGACAUCUUGGGACACUUGAUUAAUAACAAAGACGACGAGACAGGCACGAUAUACAGUAAGGAUGAGCUUCUAGGGGAGGCGACCUUACUCAUGAUGGCCGGCUCAGACACAUCGACAACGGCGAUCAACACUACGCUGUUCUACGUUGUGAACCACCCCCGCGUGUUGAGAAAGCUAGAGCGCGAACUCUACCAGUGCUUCCCCAAACUAGACGAUAUCCAGCCCAUGACGGCAGAGAGCUGCAGGUAUCUGCGGGCCUGCCUCGACGAGGCGAUGCGGCUAUGCCCUUCAGUGCCCUCUAGUAUCCCUCGUGUGGUCGAUCAGGGUGGGAUCAAGGUACUGGAUGAGGAUAUUCCGGCAGGUAUGUGGGUGUCUGUGCCACACUUUACCAUCUUCCGCAAUGCCAAGUACUUUGACCGACCGCACGAUUUCAUCCCCGAGCGCUGGAUCGCCGACGAGGGCACAGACUACAGCCCCGAGGACGUCAAGCUCGCGCAGACGGCAUUCCAGCCCUUCUCCAUCGGGCCUCGGCAUUGCGUGGCGCGGAGCCUCGCGCUGCGCGAGAUGACGUUUGCCCUGGCUCGCAUGUUCUACCUGUUCGACUUUGAACCAGUCCCCAACAGCGGGCGCUGGAUGGGGUCACUCCCCGGUAUAGACACCGGGAACAGUCAUUUCAUUCAUGAACAGAUUGACGUAUUCACGUCCCUGGAGAAGGGUCCCGAGGUCAAGAUCAAGGUGAAAGAUAGGGCCACUUCGCGGACUGAUUCUUGAGAUUGUUCAGUAUCGGUCCAUGAUGCCCGCUCGAUACUGGCGCCGGCUGGCUGAUUGUGAGUGAAAUAGCAGCAGUUGUUUGAUAGCUAAGGAAUAGAUACAACGCUCAAAGGUAUCCGGCCGCCAGCCUAUGGAGAAUCGUCAUAUAGCCACGGUAUGAUACGUCAUGAUAGGGCCACUAUUCAAGUGUAAAAUGUGGCCUCGUCUCAAUGAAAUAG